GUUGAUGCACAAAUACUAGCGGAAGUAGUUUCAACCAUGCUCUAAACACACAUUCACAGCGAUUUAAGCAGAAAAACAGUUGUUUGGAAUAACUUCUUGUUUCUGUCUCGCUGCGGAGAACAAAGAUUUGGGACACCUCGGUGGCUAGUUAUGAAGCUAAAGGAGUUAGAGAGUUGCCUACAGCAAGUGGAUGCUUUUGAAGAGCCAAAAAUUCUUCUUGAGCAAUAUCCAACUAGUCCUCAUAUUGCAGCAUGCAUGCUUUAUACAAUCCAUAACACGUUUGACGACAUUGAGGGGAAAUUAGUAGCUGAUCUGGGAUGUGGCUGCGGGGUCCUUAGUAUCGGAGCUGCGAUGCUGGAUGCAGGUUUGUGCGUCGGCUUUGACAUUGACAGCGACGCACUGGACAUAUUCAAAAGAAAUGCAGAGGAAUUUGAGAUAACAAAUGUGGAUCUUGUCCAGUGUGACCUUUGUUGUCUGGAGGCUGAGGCGUAUACCAAAAAGUUUGACACAGUAAUAAUGAACCCACCGUUUGGGACGAAACACAACCUAGGUAUGGAUAUGAAGUUCCUGCGAGCUGCUUUAACAAUGGCAAAGACAGCAGUAUAUUCACUUCACAAAACAUCAACACGAGAGCACAUUCAAAAGAAGGCUCAUGACUGGGGGGUUAAGAUGGAAGUAAUAGCAGAACUAAGAUAUGACCUGCCUGCAUCUUACAAGUUCCACAAGAAGAAAUCGGUUGACAUUCAGGUGGACUUCUUACGGUUUUCCACAGCCUGACACCUUGACUGGAAUGGAUUAAGUUCCCUCUGUCUUUUCAAUGUUUAUAAUAAAGGUUUUCAAAAAAAAAAGAGAAA